GUCUCCGGGUGGCGACGCGGGAGCGCGGCGGAAUGGGCGCGCUGGGCCGGGUCCUGCUGUGGCUGCAGCUGUGCGCACUGACCCGGGCCGCCUACAAACUCUGGAUCCCCAACACCGACUUUGAAGCCGCCGCCAACUGGAGCCAGAACCGGACCCCGUGCGCAGGCGCUGCCGUCGAGUUCCCCGCAAACAAGAUGGUGUCAGUCCUGGUGCGAGAAGGUCACAGCAUCUCAGACAUGCUCCUGCCGCGGGACGGGGAAUUCGUCCUGGCCUCGGGGGCAGGCUUCAGCGCCCCGGACGCCGGCCAGGACCCGGACUGCCGGACCGGCGCCCCCGCGCUCUUCCUCGACCCCGACCGCUUCUGGUGGCACGACCCGCGCCUGUGGCGCUCCGGGGACGCGGCGCGCGGCCUCUUCUCCGUGGACGCCGAGCGCGUGCCCUGCCGCCACGACGACGUCGUCUUCCCGUCCGACGCCUCCUUUCGAGUGGGUCUCGGCCCGGGCGCCCGCCCCGCGCGCGUCCGCAGCGUCCGGGCUCUGGGCCAGACGUUCACGCGCGACGAGGACCUGGCUGCGUUCCUGGCGUCCCGCGCCGGCCGCCUGCGCUUCCACGGGCCGGGCGCUCUGAGCGUGGACCCCGGGGCCUGCGCCGACGCGUCGGGCUGCGUCUGCGGCAACACCGAGGCGCUGCCCUGGAUCUGCGAGGCCCUGCUCCAGCCCUUGGGCGGUCGCUGUCCCCCGGCCGCCUGCCAUGACGCCCUCCGGCCCGAGGGGCAGUGCUGCGACCUCUGCGGAGCCAUCGUGUCGCUGACCCACGGCCCCACCUUUGACAUUGAGCGGUACCGGGCGCGGCUGCUGCAAGGCUUCCUGCCCCAGUACCAGGGGCUGCAAGUGGCCGUGUCCAAGGUGCCGCGCCCGCCACGGCCCCGCGGGACCGCAGGCGCGGAGGCGGACACGGAGAUUCAGGUGGUGCUGACAGAGACCGGGCCCGAGACGGGCGGCGCGGGACGGCUGGCCCGUGCCCUCCUGGCGGACGUCGCCGAGCACGGUGAACCCCUUGGGGUCCUGUCGGCUACAGCCCGGGAGUCGGGCGCGCCUGUAGGGGACGGCUCGGCGCAGGGGCUGGACGGUUCAGGUUUGCGCGCGGAGCUGGCAGGCGGAGUGACCGCUGGGCUGCUGUUGCUGUUGGCGCUGGUGGCGGGGGCGCUGCUGCUGCGCGGCGCUCCGAGGCUCAGAUGGAGUAGGCGAGACGAAGCGGCCCCCGCGCCCGUCGUGGACCCCCUGGGCUUCUCCAACCCCGUGUUCGACGUGGCGGGCUCCGUGGAGCCGCCUCCCGCGACCAAGGUGGAAAACAGCAGCACCAGCCGCAGCUACUUCGUGAACCCGCUUUUCGCGGAGACAGAGGCCUGAGCAGCCGUGUGACUGGCCAGCGCUCACUUCUGCCCUCCGCCGCCCCCGCGAAAUGUACGGGUCCCUGACCUUGCCAGAUCCCCGCCCCCUUCUCCACACUCCUUGUCCCCCGCAGGCCAAAAAUAGGGUGGCUUUGCCCAAUAAAGAGGUUUCCUG